UACGCCCAAUUGUUGCAGGUAAUGCAAAGGAGUGUGAGUGCGCCGCUGAAGAUGUGCAUGCAGAGAACAAGCGCAAACAAAAGCUUCUCUGUGAAACGAGAAAAACAAGUAGUACGUACCACCCCGAACCAUGCUGAACUAGACAGAGUUAUACAGAUCAAAAUUGAGUGAAGAAGACAUAUUGGAUUUGAUGUACAUGGUUCACUGCGAAAACAAUUGUACAUAUCACUUUUGGUAAGGGCAUCCACUCAGUAUCCAAGUAACAACUUUUAAAAGAGUAUAUCUAAAAUGUCGGCAGGGGGGAGAUACCCGGAACAGGACAACUAUCGCCCUCGAAGCCGGGAAAGGGGUGAGAGGGAUCCUCAUCGGGACAGGGACCGGGAAAACCGCCCUAAGAAAGAGAGAGGAGAUGGCAGGGGACAGAGGGACAGAGACCGGAAAAGGGAGAGGCACUCGAGAGACCAGUAUGAUGACAAGAGAGACCAGUAUUCUCGGGAUCAGCGACACAAUAGAGAACCCCCAUAUCCCACAGCCCCCCCUGAUUACAGUGAGACCUCCUUCAAAGAAAACCAGCCUGUUCACCACCGCGAGGAGAGAUAUGAUGAAACAUCCUCAGUAUCGUAUGGAUCCCCCAGGAAUGGGCUCCCCCCUGAACAAAUGGAUUUUUACGAACCAGGACCUGGUCUUUUGGAAUGCUACCAGUGCAGAUAUCUUUGUACCGGAAGAGCUCUGUGCCAGGUUUUGGAAGUCCUGCUGAACCUGCUGUUAGUGAUCUGUGCUGGGGUGUCGUUUAACGCAUCAGAGACAUAUAAAGACUAUGGCAGCUUGGGCGGUAUUUACGCGUACUACUUUGGAGGAGCCAAUACCUUUACUGGAGCAGAGGCGGAGAAGGUAAAAAAGCUGGACACCCAAUUCUACCAGCUGAAACUUCCAAUCGCCACGGCUACCAUGGCUUUCGGAGGUGCUCUCAUGGGCUACGCCUGUCUGAUGCUUCUCCUGGGCCUGCUGCGCGUUCCUUUUCGCUGGCCUGUGAUCCUGCUCGUCGAAUGUGUGCUGGGUGUCCUAAUUGGACUGGGUUACGUACCAGCAAUGGCUUUCCAUUUCAUAAAGCUGCAGGAGGCUUACAACUCUCAGAUCUGCAAGGACAGAAAUGAGAUGUAUGCUAGCAAAGGAUACCAAGGCUUCUCCUGCGGUCUCAACGGGGCGGAAAUCGCCAGUGGCCUGUUUGGGGUCCUUGGAGUCCUAGCAUUCCCCUUUAGUGCCUGGCUCGCUGUCCGAGCUUUCAGGAGGGUGCGUGAGCUAAAGAAGCAGCCUCAAGAUGGGCAUGGCUUUUAGAGGAUUCCUUUCACCCACUGCCAAGGAAUUUGUUUUACAUAGAACUACACUGGGGACAAACAAGACAUAGGAAUGUAGCUUGAAAGUGUCUAGUGGAGCUAAGAUUGAAACUUGGAUGGUCGUGGAUGACUUUGCAGUGCAAGUCUAAUUUUAUCCCUGGAACCAUGGAUUAAAACCCCCCUUGGUCCUUUUGUGUCAUUCCACUCAAUGAUUUUGUUCUAAUCUACAGUUCAUUUUUGGUGACAUUCUAACAUUAAUUUGACAUGGUUUACAUGAGAUAUGUGACACCACUCAUCUUUAUUUUAAUUUCUGGAUGUGUUGUACAAUAAAACUACUUGUUUUAUUAAGGCCAUAACUUUUGAGUACUUUGUAAAGCUAUAGCGAUGACAUAUAUACAGUGUAUUUUACCACAGUGUACUGUGAAUAAAACAGGUGUAUAUCCAGUAGUUCAGCUUUAGCAUUAGGAAUGUUGUUUUUUUGGGGUUUUUUUUUAAGCCUUUUAUUUGAAGAUAAUUUUAUGUUAUGGAAUGUGAUUGUAAACCUGCAACAUCCCACACUUGUUCAGUUUAACACUAAAAUAUAAUUUCUUGAUUAUUAGUUUAGUAUAUUUGUCCACAGUAUAGCUUUGUAUGUGGGUCCUUUUCCUAUAAUGUACAGUGAAAUCUAUAUUUUCUAUACACUCUGAGACUAUUGCUCAAGUUAUCCUAGUUUUCAGAUUUCAAGAACAUCAGUACAGAAUACCAAUGUGCAAUUUUCCAUAUGUGACAAUUCAGCAUUGUAGAGUUUACAAAGGGUGCAGGUUGUUCAAAAUGAAGUGUAACACUGGUGAAAUCCUCUUGUGAAAAAUAGUUGUUUAACCUUUUUAACUUUUUAACAAAAAUGUUGUCAUCUACUUUCUUUUUAUGCAAUAGCAAAUACUUCUCUCGACGUGUAAUGUUCAAGAAGUCAAGCUUUUAUUUAAUGUCAGGAUAUUAAAAAAAAUAAAUAGCA